AUGCAACGACUCCUGACGCUGGACUCUGCCCAAGACGUCCUCGGUUCCCGAGUGGACGAUCUGGCCUCUCAGCUCGUCACGAAGACGGCAGAUGACGGCGGAUUGUCCGCCCGGCUGGACGGUCUGACAGCACUCCUGGCAGCCCAGCAGUCCCGUCUGGACGGCUGGGCCGCUCAGAUGGCGGAGCGGUCGUGUGACCCGGCCCCGCUGCCCCGAGACUGCAGUGAGCUGCCAGCGGGCACCGCCAGCGGCAUCCAUCUGCUGCAGCUGGGUCUGGACCGGUCCGUGCCGCCCAUCCCGGCCUACUGCGACAUGGAGUCGGACGGCGGCGGCUGGACCGUCGUCCAGCGGCGCGCCGACAUCCAGCCCAGACAGCACUUCUGUCUUCUGUGGCAGGCGUACCGCGAGGGCUUCGGCGAGCUGGAUGGGGAGUUCUGGUGGGGCCUGGAGUCGCUGUGGAGGAUGACCAGUCCGCGGGACCGCCGAUACCAGAUGCGCGUCGACCUGGCCGACUUUGGCGGAGUGAGGCGAUUCGCCGUCUACCAGCAGUUCCGAGUGGCGUCCGAGGCCGACGGCUACCGGCUCUCGGUGGCUAACUACAGCGGCGACGCCGGGGACAGCUUCAGCUACCACAAUGGCCACAGGUUCACCACCAAGGACAAGGACCAUGACCAAAGCCCAAAUAACUGCGCUCAAUUGUACAAGGGUGCUGGCUGGUUCGAGUGGGAACGUGGAAGCUUCUUGAAGAAUCUCAAUCUUGGGCAAGGUCUUGGAGGAUCCGUGCGCAGUCAUAGAUGA